AUGCCACCAAAAGCAGCUAAAAGGGUCUCAGACAAAAAGCCCAACGCUUCUGGAGCCGCAGUUGUCAGUAAGAACUGGGAGGCUGGACUCACCAGAGCACCGUUUGAAGAGGAGUCAUGGCAAGCCUGUGUGUCUUUGGUGGUCGGGAGUAGUCCCGAGGAGGAGGAGGAGCUGACCCAGGCUUUGUCUUUGGCCAUAAAGAAACCACAAUGCAAACUUUUCAACUUGUUGACCUGGGAUAGCACCCUUACCAAGAUCCAUGAACUGGGGAAUCUCAAAGCAAAACGGCAUGAUGACGUCCCCAUGUUCUAUGAGGUUACAGAGCCUGCUAAGGUGCUGCUGGAUGCAGGAGAGGAGAUUCCUUGUGACCUGAUGGCAAAUAUACUGAAGUUCCAGCUACUACAGAUCAAAGCCCAUGAUCAGCUUCUGCCAAUUUCAACAGAGCAGUAUUUGUCACGUGCGACUGAGGAGCCCAAACUUCACAAUGGUCCCGGGUUAGACUUUGAGCUGGUCAGCUUCAUGCUCCAAAGCUUCCUGCCUCUGGUCCACACCGAAGAGGAGAGAAGCCACAUGUUAAAAAGCUUGCUGACUACUGCACAAAAUGAAGAAGACCAGAAGAGGCUAGUGCAGAAGUUUGGAGCAGAGGAGACGCAGAAGAAGUGUGAGCACCCUCAGGUUAUCAGACACCAUAAUGAGAGGGCACUGCGCUUGAGGGAGGUCAAUGCGGUGCAGGGUUUUGAUCCAGCAGAGGUGGAGUUGUCCAUGAUGAGGCGGUUUCCAGUGUGGGAGCUGAUCAACUCUGUAGCUCAGCAGAGAAACAGCAACUCCUGCUGGAUGGCAAUCAAACAGCAGCUACAACACUACUGCACAGAUGGUCAGAAACAAAGGGUCACUUUUAUCAGGCUGGACCAAAGGGGAACACUGGAACCAGCACAGCAACAGAAGCUCACAGUAAUCCCCUGGGACAACCCACUAUUGUACGCUAAACAACAGCUUAAUAACCUACAGACUAAAGGAAGUACCUGGACCAUGUGGCAGAUCGCAUUUCGGAUUGGACAAAAGAGGAAGAAUUAAAGAGAGAGGCAAUGCAACUCAGAAGUGUAGGCCCUGCUGAGGCUCCAAAUGAUGAAAAGGCUACAGAUUCUGCAGAGGAGGAGGUCACUUUGGAGCCAGUCAUCAGAAAAGGCUCCCUUAAAGCCUGGAAGUUGGAGCAGGAUCAGCUAAAGGUGGAGGAGAUGGCCAAGAAAUCAAAGAAGGAGAGUACACC